AUGGCGGGCGUACAACCUACUAGGGAUCACAUAUCCCAGGUUUGUGCCAUCACGCAGGUAGACGAAGGCAGCGCAAGGGUGCUACUCAAGAAAAGUAACAACGAUGUCAACGGCGCCAUCAAUGCCUUUUUUGAAGACCCCGUGAGGUCCGUGAUAGAAGAGCCCGCUGCUUCCAACGACUGGCAGUACCAGGACAAUAUUCCAUUCCAAGAUGAUUCGAGCAUGGGAGGAGUCGCCGCCCUGUCCCGCCCGCCUUCACGAGCCGACAAUUCCAUGAUGGACCUCUCCUCCGAGCAUGCCGCAGCUUCAGCAAGCAACGUCAAGUCGCUCAAAGAGCAAGAAGAGUUGAACGAUCCAGAUCUCCAACGUGCAAUGGCCGAGUCACUAGGGCAGAGCCUGCCCGCACAGGAAGACGGAGUCACAGGAACUGGCGCACACUUCGGCCCUGCCAACCGGGAGUACUACGAUCCCAGCAGUUGGGCUUUGACCACCUAUUCGACCUCGCGGGAGAUCAUUGAACAUCCGCCACCAUCGAAGCGGCGAAGAAUAGCCGGUGAACCCGCUUUUCUACGUGGCUCGAAGGAAACUGGCUACUUGGGAUCCUUGCUCACUAUCUACCACAACAUCCCUCUCGCUCGCCAAGCGCUUCUCAUGCCUGCUUUGAAAGUCCAUGCCUACGCCCAUGAUAAUAGCUGGUGGUCGGGGGCCACUGACGAGAACACCAAGGCCUUGUCGACCGACAAUACCCUUCGCAUUGACCGGCAAGAGUGCAAUCUGCUUACCGAGGUGCAAUGCCUGAUGGCUUUCCUUGACAGAACCACUCGCGCCUAUGGCAGUGUCGACGCUUUGGCUGAUUUACAGGCUGUUCGCAAUCGAAACGAUGCCACGCCAUUUCAUCGUUUUCUCGAAGCUUGGACGUCUGCAGCAAUGAAACAAGCUCCUCAAGAACAAGUGACGCAGGUCUUCAGCUCCGUAGCGACGAAAGCGGGAGGCCCCGGUGACACUGAAGUGGUGGAGAAAACCCUGAAUUGCAUCGACCCUUUCAUCAAUCACUUCCCUGGUGAGACGUUGACUGAUUUGCUCGACAUCACGAUCUGGAAUGAUGAACAUGGGAAUGGAAACAUAGAUGAUGUUUGGAUCAGCCAUUGCGCAGAGAUCUUUACUAUCCGAGUCCAUGACCCUAACAGCACGACGAGGAGCUCGGACCUGCAGUUGGAUCCGGUAUGGUAUCCCGAUCGAUAUAUGUACGAAUGCAGGGAGCAGAUGCAACAGAUACGCAAAGAACUGCAGUCAAUUCGCCGAGAGAUUGACCAAUACACUCACAUCCAGCGCCGCUGCCAGAUCUAUAAGUCGUCUGACAACAGAUUACUCGAUGUUGCCGAAGUUCUCAAUUCUGCAGUCAAAGCUUCGACCACAGUGUUGGGCAAGAAAUCUGUCUCGAAUGGCUUUCUUGACAGCCAGGCGUCCGGAGCAGAUGACACGGUCACUCAAGCCGACGUUGACGAGCUUGGGUCGGCAUUGCAAUCGGUGCUUCAAAAAAUUCGGCAAAAGUUGGAUUCUCUCGAUCAACGCAAGAACGAGCUGCGACUCAGGAGCCGCCAGAUCACAAUGCGACUCACAAAACCCACGCCCGAGACGCCUGAUGUGCCCAAUCGCAAAUACACUCUUCAGGGUGUUGCGACCAAGCCUGGAGUCACCUAUUUCCGCCGACAUACAAAGAUCGACUCGCUGAUUGACCACGACAUAUUAGACCAGGACAGCCAAAGUGGUGAUUGGUGGAGAACUGCAUGGCUCCAAGACGAAGCUCAGCCCGCCGUCUUUCAUCCUCCACUGGUGGGCCCCGUGACCAGAGCCCAGGCAGAGGCAACUAAGCAGUCAGAGACCACCCCUUACUCAGUCACGCGGGUCCAGGAAGCCGAAGUGUUGGAAGCGGUGAGGAAAGAAUACAACUCAGUGCUGCUGGUAUAUGCCAACGAAAACGCGAUGAACUUUCAAGGUGGCGAAUUGAGCAUUUCGCUCCGGCACUUUGUAGACCGCGAUAACCAAGCAUAUGCAGAAGAAUUGCAACAAGAAGAAGGACCACUACCUAGUGCAUCUGCGGAUCAUGAAGCCGAGACCGAAUUUGAAGACGUCCCCUUGAUCGACCCAACAGCUUCCAGCGGCUCAGUGCGUGAGCUCACACCUAUGUCGACAUCGAGCCCCGACCAUGAGGAGGACACGCAACCUUCGCAUAAAAUUACGACGCAAGAAGACAGUGCGGCCCACUUUCUGGAACAGCCACCUUCAUACGAGGAAACCGUUGGCAGGCAAGAAAUGCUGGAGAAGAAAGGUAACAAGAUUGGCUUGUAUGCCGAACAAAUGCUGCAAAAAUACGGAGGCGAUGCGGUCCAGGAAAAGGGAGAAAACGAAACUAGUGGUGGCUUUCUGGAGGUUGAAGAUGCAAAUGCGGUGUAG